AUGGACGUCUCGGAGCUCACAAAGAACAUCGCCAGCUUCGCCGCCUCGCCGCCCAGUGACCUUUCUGCCGAAGCACGGGCUGGCCUAUACGGUGCAGUUAGUCAACUGCGCGAUGCGCUCAUGGACCCUCUGCAGGCUACGCUGCGUUUCGCAUUCGGAGUACACGAGACCUCAGCAGUUCUUCUGGCUAUCAACAUGAAGCUUUUCGACCUCGCUGUAGCCGCUGGCGGGCCCCUCACAGUUGACGAACUCGCAGAGAAAGCCUCUGCAGACCCAUUGCUAGUCCGCCGAGUGUUGAGAAUGCUCGUAGGGCUGAGUCUCUUUACGCAGCACAGUGUGGAUAGCUUUUCCGCGAAGCCUUUGGCAAACAUCUACGUCACGGGCUCACCUCUGAGAGAAGCCAUGAUCCAUCUUGGCUCGCACACAUCGGCAGUCGCUCGUCUGCCCGAAUACUUUGCGCAGAAUGGAUACAAGAACCCGGACGACGCUUUCCAGGGCCCGUGGCAGUUUCUAGAAAAGACGGAUAAGCACUACUUCGACUGGCUUGCGGAUCAUCCCAACCUACAGCAUGCUUUCAACACCAGCAUGACCAUUUCCCGUAUGGGCCAAGUCCAUUGGUUCGAGUUCUACCCCGUGAGGGAGAAGCUCAGCGGAGUCUCAGCAUCGGACACGACUCUGGUCGACAUUGGAGGAGGCGUAGGCCACGACGUCGUCGCUUUCCGCAACCAAUUCCCGGAUAUCCCAGGCAAGCUCGUCUUCGAAGAUCUGCCCUCGGUCGUCGCAUCCGGAGUCGCCAAUGGCCUUCCCUCUGGCGUCGAAGGCGUAGGCCACGACUUCCUCCAUCCACAGCCCGCAUCCGUCAAGGGUGCCAAGAUCUACUAUAUGCAAGCCGUCUUGCACGACUGGCCGGACAAGCAAGCUCGCACCAUCAUUAAGCAUAUCCAUGAUGUCAUGGUGCAAGGCUCCAUCUUGCUGAUCAAUGAGAAUGUGCUUCCCGAGGAGAAGGUUUCGCUCUACCAGGCCGAGAUUGACUUGUCGAUGAUGGUGGCCUUCUCGUCGCUGGAACGGACGGUGAAGGACUUCAAGAAGCUUCUCGAGUCGGAGGGAUUGCGCUUGGCGCACGUGUAUAAGCCGGCUGCCAUGACUCCAGGCGCGGGGACAGUGCUCGAGUUUGUUCUGGCAUAG